CAUGAUUUGACAGCAGGUCGCAUUGCGCCGUUUAGGCUGAGUUAUAUACUUUAUGAUGGGUAUGUUGGUGAGGAAAAACCGCCACACACACACAACCACUAUCUUAUCUGAUAUUUAAUUAUUUUGAGCCGUUUUUUUUGGACCAUUCCGUCGGUCCUGACCGCCUACCGACGAGAACCAAGGACACCCUCUCUAACUGACGUCACAGGAUCCGUUCCAACACGGAAACCGUAAUGGUGGGGGCUCGUCGUUAGUCGGUAUUGUUGUGAUGGUCUCCGAUCUCUCAUCUACUUCUAUCCACAACCUGUUACACACGUUAAAUAAAACACGUCAAUCUGAAAGAAGACUUAGAAAAAAAUGUUCAACAAACGAAGCACUGUCGCUGUGUGACCAAAAUGGACGAUCGCUGGAGAAAGUUGACAGAUAAUUCGACCUCUAUAAGUUUAACACGUUUCUUUCCGUUGAUCGAGAUUCCCGUUUGUAGAUCUACAACCAUGGGGAAGUUAGCACGCUGUCUCCUGCUGCUGUUGCUGCUGUCUUGGAAAGGAACCGACUUACAGGUGAAGUCAGUGAGUGUAACUCUACCAGAGUCUCUAUUGUUUGUGUCUACUCUGGAUGGGAGUCUACAUGCUGUCUCCAAGCAGUCUGGAGACAUCAAAUGGACCCUCAAAGAAGAUCCCAUCAUCCAGGUGCCUGUCUACCUUACUGAGCCAGGGUUUCUCCCUGACCCCAACGAUGGCAGUCUCUACGUCCUGGGAGGAAAACACAAGGAAGGACUGAUGAAACUGCCCUUCACCAUCCCAGAGCUGGUCCAGUCUGCUCCCUGUAGGAGUUCUGAUGGAGUCCUUUACACUGGUAAGAAGCAGGAUGUAUGGUUCGUGGUGGACCCCCAGACAGGAGAGAAACAGACCAGCCUCUCCACAUCAUCAUCUGACUCCAUUUGCCCCAAUGCACCACUGCUAUACAUAGGAAGAACAGAGUACAUGAUAACGAUGUAUGAUACGAAGACACAGGAGCUGAGGUGGAACGCAACAUACAACGACUACUCUGCCCCGCCGUACGAUGAGAAACACGACUACAAGAUGGCCCAUCUGGUCUCCAGUGGUGAUGGGUUGGUGGUGACCGUAGACAGAGAGUCAGGUGACGUCCUGUGGAUGCAAAACUAUGGGUCACCUGUGGUGGGGGUGUAUUUGUACAGCCAGGACUCUCUGAGACACGCCCCUCACCUGUCAGUUGCCAUGGAGACGCUGCGUUACCUCACCUUCUCGUCCCACGACACACACACCAUGAAGUGGAGCUACCAGUUUGUCACGGAGCAGGCCAGCACACACACACAGCUGGUGCCCACUCUGUAUGUGGGGAAGCUGGAUUCUCAUCUGUACGCCUCCACCUCCCUGGUUCACGACGGAGUCUCUCUAGUGCCGCGGGGCUUGACACUGGCGCGUAUCGAGGGACCGGAGACCGAGGAGGUGACGGUUAGAGAGGAGGGAGAGUGUGAGAUCAUCCCGUCUACCGACGUACGAUACCCGCCAGGCUCCACCAACACACUGAACAACCAGUGGCUCCUCAUAGGACACCAUGAGUUACCCCCGGUAGCCCACACCACCAUGUUGAGAGACUUCCCGGUAAACCUGCAGCGUUCCGGUGAUGCCGUUAUCCCGACCCGGUCUCAGAACAAUCGCUAUACAGACCAUCCUUUCCAGUCAGUAGGUCAUGGUGGUGGAGGGGGUCGUGGUUCGGGUCCUAGCGGCAGCAGAAGGUCCCAAGCAGGAUCAAGAUCAGGGUUGUCCUCUAUCCUGCCCGACUACAUAUACCAGGACCCUGUUACCGUGGUGAUCCUGUCUCUACUGCUGGGAGGAUGGCUUGCCUUCGCUCUGACUUAUCCACAGCAGCAGAAGGACCAGAGGCAGCAGUUGGACGAAGCUCUGGAAUCCCGCCUCCAACACCUGCUAGACACGCCCUCUUCUGCAGACACACCCCCUUCUCCACCAGACACACCCCUUUCCCCAGGAACCCCCCUUCCUUCUGGAGCCCAGCCCCAGUCUGCAGACUCACAGCCGUCCUCUGUGGACCCUCCCCUCUCUGGCUCGCCCGGUAACAGUAGUGACGCUGUAGCCAGGAACGGAUCCGCUGUAACACGACACACACACGAUGGAGGGAUAGAGGAGGUAGAGGUAGGGAAGAUCUCCUUCUGUCCAUCAGAGAUUCUGGGACAUGGAACAGAAGGAACCUUCGUCUUCCGGGGCCGUUUUGACGGCCGUCGCGUGGCGGUGAAACGGAUCCUUCCAGAGUGUUUUGAUGUUGCAGAGCGAGAGGUCCAGCUGCUCCGGGAAUCGGACGAACAUCCAAACGUCAUCAGAUACUACUGCACCGAGCGAGACAAACUGUUCACCUACAUCGCUAUAGAACUGUGUGCUGCUACGCUACAACAGUAUGUGGAAGAUCCGUCGUGCCACGCUGGGUCUCAGCCCUGUCACGUGUACUUACAACAGACCAUGUGUGGUCUCAGCCACCUCCACUCACUAAAUCCAGUCCACAGGGAUCUGAAGCCUCGUAACAUCCUGUUGUCUCAGCCAGGGCCCCUGGGGCGGGUGAGAGCGCUGAUAUCAGACUUCGGCCUGUGUAAAAAGAUCCCUGAGGGAAGGACUAGUUUCUCUCUCCGCUCGGGGAUACCGGGGACAGAGGGGUGGAUCGCCCCGGAAGUACUGCUGGACACACCGGGAAACAACCCGACCCGUUGUGACCAGGCGGUGGAUGUGUUCUCGGCAGGCUGUGUGUUCUACUACGUGGUCAGUAGGGGGCAGCACCCGUUUGGUGACACGCUACGACGCCAAGCUAACAUCCUGACCGGGGAGUACUUCCUCACACACUUCCUGGAAGACGUGCAUGAUGACGUCAUAGCGCGGGACCUGAUAGAGCGAAUGAUCAACAGCGAUCCAGAGUCCCGCCCCUCCACUUCCUCUAUUCUUAAACACCCGUUCUUCUGGAGCCCUGAUAAGCAACUUCAGUUCUUCCAGGAUGUGAGUGACCGUAUAGAGAAGGAACCUACAGACAGCACCAUGGUGGUGAGGCUGGAGACGGCUGGCAGAGCUGUAGUACGAACCAACUGGAGAAUGCACAUCUCUGUUCCUCUGCAGACAGACCUGAGGAAGUUCAGGACGUAUAAAGGGAAUUCAGUCAGAGACCUGCUCCGAGCCAUGAGAAAUAAGAAGCACCACUACCACGAGUUGCCAGCGGAGGUCCAGGAGACGUUAGGGGAGGUGCCUGAAGGCUUCGUUAGUUACUUCACCUCCCGGUUCCCGCGGUUACUGCUACACACACACACUGCGCUCAGCAGCUGUUCACACGAGAGACUUUUCCAACCCUACUACCUGCCCCCCACUGUUAAAUAACACACACACACACAGGAAAGGUCGCUGGUUCAAAUCCCCAGCCGACUAAAGUGAAAAUCUGCUAAUGUGCCCUUGAGCAAGGCACCUAACCACACUGGCUCCUGUAAGUUGCUCUGGAUAAGAGUGUCUGCUAAAUGACUCCAAUUUCAAAGUGUAAAUUCACUUCCUGUAGUAGAGCCGGAAUGAUUGCCUCAUGAAUAUUCAGAGGCAGACUGCUGAAUGACUGCCUCAUGAAUAUUCAGAGGCAGACUGCUGAAUGACUCCCUCAUGAAUAUUCAGAGACGGACUGGUACACUCCAAGACAAAAGCUUUUUAAAUGCUGCAAAUGUUUUACUCGUACAAGAUUAACUGAUUUUAACUUUCACCUGCUCUGAUGUUCGUGUCUGUGAAGCACAUUAUUUUCUGCUCUGAUAGGAUAGUCUGAUAGGUUAGUUUAAUACGCUGCUCUGAUAGGAUAGUCUGAUAGGUUAGUCUAAUACACUGCUCUGAUAGGUUAGUUUAAUACACUGCUCUGAUAGGAUAGUCUGAUAGGUUAGUUUAAUACACUGCUCUGAUAGGAUAGUCUGAUAGGUUAGUUUAAUACGCUGCUCUGAUAGGAUCGUUUUAUACACUGCUCUGAUAGGGUAGUUUUAUACACUGCUCUGAUAGGAUAGUCUGAUAGGAUAGUUUAAUAUACUGCUCUGAUAGGAUAGUCUGAUAGGAUAGUUUAAUACGCUGCUCUGAUAGGAUAGUUUUAUACACUGCUCUGAUAGGAUAGUCUGAUAGGAUAGUCUGAUAGGAUAGUUUUAUACACUGCUCUGAUAGGAUAGUCUGAUAGGUUAGUUUAAUACACUGCUCUGAUAGGAUAGUCUGAUAGGAUAGUUUUAUACACUGCUCUGAUAGGAUAGUCUGAUAGGAUAGUCUGAUAGGAUAUUUUAUACACUGCUCUGAUAGGAUAGUCUGAUAGGAUAGUUUUAUACACUGCUCUGAUAGGAUAGUUUAAUACACUGCUCUGAUAGGGUAGUUUAAUACACUGCUCUGAUAGGGUAGUUUAAUACACUGCUCUGAUAGGGUAGUUUAAUACACUGCUCUGAUAGGAUAGUUUUAUACACUGCUCUGAUAGGAUAGUUUAAUACACUGCUCUGAUAGGAUAGUUUUAUACACUGCUCUGAUAGGAUAGUUUUAUACACUGCUCUGAUAGUUUUAUACACUGCUCUGAUAGGAUAGUUUUAUACACUGCUCUGAUAGGAUAGUUUUAUACACUGCUCUGAUAGGAUAGUUUUAUACACUGCUCUGAUAGGAUAGUUUUAUACACUACUCUGAAGACUGACGCCAUUGGAGAUCCACUAAGUAGAAAAAAAAAGUGGGGGUCAAAUCUGAAGCCCUAUUCUCUAUGUAGUGCACUAAGGUGAAGGUAGGGGUCAAAUCUGAAGCCCUAUUCUCUAUGUAGUGCACUAAGCGGAUAGUAGGGGUCAAAUCUGAAGCCCUAUUCUCUAUGUAGUGCACUAAGGGGAUAGUAGGGGUCAAAUCUGAAGCCCUAUUCUCUAUGUAGUGCACUAAGGGGAUAGUAGGGGUCAAAUCUGAAGCCCUAUUCUCUAUGUAGUGCACUAAGGGGAAGGUAGGGGUCAAAUCUGAAGCCCUAUUCUCUAUGUAGUGCACAAAUCUGAAGCCCUAUUCUCUAUGUAGUGCACUAAGGGGAUAGUAGGGGUCAAAUCUGAAGCCCUAUUCUCUAUGUAGUGCACUAAGGGGAAGGUAGGGGUCAAAUCUGAAGCCCUAUUCUCUAUGUAGUGCACAAAUCUGAAGCCCUAUUCUCUAUGUAGUGCACUAAGGGGAUAGUAGGGGCACUAUGAAGGGAAUAGGUGGGAAACACCGGUAGGAUCAUUUGUACCAAUGUAAAAGCACAUUGACGAUCCAUAUUCCUUUAAUUAUGAAUGAGGUGAUACUUUAUGGAUUAAUCCCAGACUGCUGUCUGUUUUCUUCACAGAUGCAGACCUUUGAGGGAAAACUUUUAUACUUUGGGUUUUUGGAAUAAUAAAAUGAAAAUAAAUAAAUAAACAUGUUUUGAACAUCUUGUGGUGAACUAAA